AUGAUUUCACUUUUCUGUCGAUCCCUCAACCCCACACCACGCAACGCACUCGCUUCUCCCCAGGAUACAGGUCAGCUUGGUGGCUGGAUCAACCACGUUUUUGUGCUUUUCGGUUCUCAAAUAUCCGAAAGAGGAAGAAGAUCUCCAAGAGGUCAUGGAGGACCUGGCGAUACCCUCACCCUUGGCGUUGAAAUGGAUAUUGGGCUGCGGUUUUUUUUUUUUUUUUUUUGCUGUGGAUUUAUCAUCCAAUGUUUUGUUGCGCGCUCAUCAUGUCGUUUCUCACCCUUUGGGUUGUGUUACCAAGGGACUUCUAGAUGA